ACAAUGGCCAGCCGCGUGAUCCAAGACUCCGACGAGGAGGACGACCCUCUCUCCUGCGAGGCUCAACCUCCGGCCCCCACGGUGUCCCCCAGGCGAGAGAAUCGUCCAGCAAACAGUAAUUGGGAGGAUAACGCUUCAGCUGUCAAUGACGGUAAUGUGGAGAACGAUGCUAUUGAUAACCAGAUCCAACAAGAGAUCAAUAAUGUUGGUGAUAUCAGCGUCAACUUCGAUGAUUUCCUACAGUCGCAGUCGCAAGAUGCGCAGAGACGGGCGUCGUUAUCGUCGUCUCAGCAGAGGAGGGAGGAGAGGUGGAUUCCGGGUGGAUUUGGGAAUGGGAUUGCGAGGGGGUCUGGAUCGAUUGCCUUUAUGAUGUCCGAGAUCGAUAUGGCACAAAGACGACUGUUUGACGAUGACGCCCCGCAUACUGGACAGCAGAUUCCUUCGACUGCAACUGUUCCAUUUACGGAGUCGGAGUUGGGGUACAUAGAUCAGCAGCAGCAACAGCAAGGUUUGCAUGGUGUUGAUUAUAGCGCUCUGGAAUAUCCCGAGGGGUAUCAGCAGGUUCAAGUGCCCAUUUUACACCCCGAAUGGUAUAAUUCGGAUCGAAAUCAGUGGGUUGAGAAUGCGUUGAACGUUGAAGCAGCCCAUGCCAGUAUCUCGACGUUUGACCGUACUCAGUCAAAUCUUUCCUCCAGUGCCUACGAAUCCGCACUGCGAGGAUCCACGAAUGCAGACGCCGCAAUGCAUGAGACUAUACAAACCGAAAUAUUGAAUAAAACUCCCAUUCGAUCAAAGUCACUGCAAGAAGCAGCACUUGACUCUCCACACGAUACCGAGCCAUUCUCGUCAUUGAGGUCACCAAACGUGAGCAGAUCGAAAAGCGAUAAUACCGCUCAGCAGAUUUCACCACAGCAGUCUCAAACAAAUGCGACGGAUGAACUUUCUGCUGCUGUUGCUGUUGAGAUUCCGAUCAUUCAGAAGAAGAAAGCCCCAAAGAAAAAUAAGUCACAACCGCAACCGGAGGAUGAUGAUGACGAUGAGCUCGCUGCGCCAAGUGACUCGAAGAACAACAAGUCAAAGGCGAAAGGGGUUAGUCGUUCAAGGAGUAAUAAGCAGACCAUGGACAGCAACAAUCUCAACGAGACCCACGAACUGAUCGAAACAAACACACCACAUCCUAUCCCUAACGAGCCCAAACUACCAGACAACACACCCCAUACCACGAACCCCGACAACGACGAAAUCGACCUCAUCCAACUCAACGCCCUCAAAACCCAGCCCCAACUCCAACCCCCGCAACCCUCAAACGACCAACUAAGAGCCCACUUCACACAACCACCAAAACAACCCCGCAAAGAACUCAAGAAAAAGAAGCUCAAACGCGGCAAAACAACCUCCGUCACGGUCAAGAAAACCUACGAACCAGACGUCGAAGACGACGUAAUCUGGAUCGACGACCGACAACUUGAUCCCCAACACGAUCGUCGACCAGACUCGAUUCCCACUCCUGAUUCGAUCUCAACGCCCGCGGGAGAACAAGAGACACUCACUGCGGUGGAGGUUCCUAUGUUCGGGGGAGACCAGGAUCAGGGUAAUCCUAAUCCGGAACCGGCACCUAAGAAACGCGGACGGAAGAGGAAGAAGACUGCUGAGCAGCCUCUUGUCUCUGCUGAGGAGGUAUCGACUGAAGUCAAUGGACAUGCGCCUGGUCAAACCCUCAGCAACGUGUCCGUUGUCGUCGAGAAACAUGCAAACGGCAACAGGCAGAAACCAAACUCAUCCAACAACCCAUCCACAAUCGACGGGACAAAACCUUCCUCAGUUCUAGCGGCAGCACCUGAACCAGAGCCCGAACCUGAACAAGAAUCUAUAUCAAACGCCCCCGAAAGCCCCAAGAAAUCGAAUCCGACACUGGAUACCUCCAAUCAAGAAGGGCAAUCUGAUCCGGACACAUCGACCAAAUCCACUAAUAACGACAGCAAAGGACCAAGCAAACACUCUCCCAUCGCAGGCACGAGCAAAGUGCCCUACCGUGUCGGACUGAGUCGUCGUGCGCGGAUUGCACCUUUGCUAAAGAUUGUUAGGAAAUGAUAACGAGGAUGCGAUUUCUUACUAGCUGCUCUCCGCGACAUUCAUCCGAUUUCCCGAGUAUUGCCUCCAUAUUUGUAUUAUUAUAUGAUAAUGAUUUACUACGACCUGAUGCAAGAUGAGACGAUUUACGAUGUUGAACCUUUGUCAUUUUUGAUGUAUAUUUAUCUCUUAGGUAGCACUGUAUAUUUAUAUUUAAUAGGUCAUCUAAUAAGGACAGAGUACUUUAUAAAAACCCCCUUCAUCCUCUCGAUAGCUUCCUCUUCUCCUUUUCUCCCCCAGAUUCGAUAUUCUCGUCGAGAGGUUACUACCUAGU